AUGUCCACUGCCACGCAUAAACCCCGGCUAACGGGCUGGGCUGCCGCCGCAGCGAAGGCCGCGCCCAAGACCCAGUCUAAGCCCGAAGAGUCGCCUUCGUCAUCGUCAUCGGCAGCAGCGGCGCGCUCGACCGCCGCCGCCUCGUCAAAAUCCAGUACUGGAACCAAGACGAGGCCGCCCGCGGCCGCCCGCGGUGUGUCGCCGCCUGCAUCUGCGCCCGCCUCAAAGGACCCCACCAAGAAGAACAAAAAGACAUCAAGGCCUGCUUUCAAUUCGGAGCAAGUCGCCCAGUUUCUCCGCUCGCAGUUUGCUGCGCAAUCGUCGCAGCCCAACACCACCGUGUACACCAAGCCCAAGACCCAUAGCUCGCAUGGCUCGCCGGAUUGGGGUACCACCACCAGCAAGUGGAAAACAAAGAAAUACGGCUGUCUGAGCGACGUGGCGCGCUCGCUCAGAUCUUAG